GUGAGCGGUGUCACGUUGGCAAGCCAACAAUGAAGUGACGGCCGGCCGCGGCGAUAACGUGAUAAGACCGGCCAUCACCAGCGGCUGAGGGGGGCUGAGGUUCUGGGGGGUCUCCCCUUCAGGUUCGCGACCAGCGUGGCUCGUCUUCAGUCUGCGUUCUACUAUCGUGCCGUUCAGGCCGGCUCGCGUCUUACAUUCCAGUGUGAAGCUCUCCUUUGUCGCUUCUAUCCUAUUUACUUAUCAGCUUUCAGUUAUCACCUCAUUAUAAAAAAACAUUUAUCGUUUUAUAUGUUGUGAAUAAUCAAUAUUAUAUCCUUGCUCGGAUUAUUAAAAAGAAAUUUUUAUACUAAAGAGAAACUUUUGGUGGUGAGGGAACUGUUUUUUUAUCUCGUGUGUACAAUCAGUGUGUUAGGUAAAAAACCACUUGACAGUGAACGUUCAAAUUUACACCAAGGUUCGCAGUUCGUUGCCAAUUUUUUUCGGCCAGAAUCUAGAGUCAGCUAGAAAAAUUCUGCCUAUCUAUCCAAUCACAGAGAGCGCAUCAAAUAAUAUUAAGUGAUGUUUGAACGCAUUGUGCCAGCCUUAUUGGACUGCAUCCAGGAGCAAAUCACAUGACUGACAUCCUCUCUUCACUUAUACUGUUAUCAGUUGAUUGUGACUGUCAGUCAAGCAUCAUAGAGUGUGUGUUUUUAUUGUUGAUUUGUAUGUGAAUGAAAAUUGUGAAGGACCAUGUCUACGUUCUGCAGGAUAACGGGCAGAAGUCGUGGCUUGCCGAAGCCCAACUAUUUCCCACUGCUCCCGCCAAUUUCUCCAGCUGAUGCUAAACGAUUUUGUCGGAUUACUGGAAAAGCGUAUGGAUUACCGACUCAUCAUUUCAUCCCUGUGCUUGUAGGUCGUCCAAAACGAAAGUCAAAAUCCCACAGUGCCCCUCUGCAAAGAAUCGAAGGCCAGUGUUUACCCCAUGGCAAAAGACACAUACUACUUUCCGAUUUUCGAUAUGUUUCCCCCUCGUUUAAGGAUGCCAAAGAGUUGAAUCAGCUGCUAACUUCGAAGAACGUCGAAUGCAAUGACAAGUUUGUUUACACUGUUGAUGAAAGUCGUUGCAACCUCGUUUUCCCAGCCAAACUUGAAGCAUGUGUUAGAGACGGUGAUGUGCGCGAAAUUAUGUUGGCAAAAGACUUGGAAAGUGUUCUUCUUAAAUUGAAACAUGGAAUAAAUGUUUCACUAGACAUUGACGAUAUCGAUGUGAGUGGAUUGGUGUUGUGGGAGGGCGAUGGACCAAGUGAAGAAGUUAUAAGAAAUAGAAUGAAACGAAAACGUACUGGCAGCACUGAUGUGGUACGAAAAAUAUUCGAAGAUAAAGAGCGUGCUGCCGAAGUACUGUUAGAAGAGACUGAAAAGAAACGACCACGUGUGAAAAGUGAGAGGGCGGUGAAGAAUAAACAAGCUAAAAUAGAAAAACAGGCAUGGAAUAAUUUCAAAGAAGAAACUGUGUCAUCUAUUGUAGACUCCAAUGUUGAAAAAAUAUUGAAAGUGGUACUUGCAGGGAAGGACUGGGAACAAUUAGAUAAGGACAUUGAUCAACCACAAAUACUUAUUUCCUCUUUGCCCACACCAUUAAACAUAGAAUCUGAUAAUGUAGAUCUUGGGCUCUCAUCACCAGGUAUAAUUCAACAACCUUUUAUGAAUGAAAAUUUCAUUGGAUUUGAACCUGCUGUAGCAAUCUCACCAGUCAGUCCUCUUCUGUCUGGUCCAGAUAAGGAAAUUUUAAAUUUGAUAAAAACAAUGAAGCAUGAAGAGAUAUUCAAGACAGCUGAAGUGGACAAAGUUUUUAAUAGUACAACAAAAUCAUUUGAACUAUUGCCAACAAUUACUGAAAUCCCUGAAGUGAUGGCUCAUUUGAAAGAUGGUGAGAAAGCUGUUCAAGAGCAGAUUGUUACUCGUAAUUUUGUGAAUGAAAUUCAUGGACUGAAAGUUGAAAUUGAAGCAGGACAGAGGUUCGUGAUAGGACUAACAAUUGAUUCUCCGAAAGGUCCUGUUUUCAUUCCAGGCCAGACUGUUAAUUUUCCAAUUGGUGACACAUUUGUGCCUGGAAUAACGGUGCAAACCCCAGACAAACAGGCAUGCUUAUUGCCUGGAUUACCAAUUAAAAUUAAAGAUGACAAGGAUGUUGAAAGUGAAAUUUUUGUUGCUGGUCAGAAUGUGAUGACAAGAGAUGGAGAGAAAUUUGUUCAAGGUCAGACCAUUAUGACUAGCAAUGGUAUGAAAUUCGUUCCUGGACAGACAGUGUUUACUGGCAAUGCUCCUCGUUUUAUUCCUGGACAAAUUAUGCCUGGAGAGAAGUUGGAAAAUUACAGAUUCAUUCCAGGACAAACAGAAUCAACUCAGCAUGAAGCAAAAUUCAUACCAGGACAAACAGUGCUAUUGCCAAAUGGUGCUACACAGUUUAUUGCAGGGCAAUGUGUUGAAGAGAAAGAUGGGUGGGAUUUUGUACCUGGUAAAAGUGUUUGUCGUGCAGAAGGUGGUUUGAAAUUCCUUCCUGGUAGAGAAAUCAGGACUCAGGAAUCAUGUGUUUUUGUACCAGGUCAGUAUGCAGCUGGAGAUGAUGGUGAAAAUCAAUUUAUUCCAGGAACUUCUCUGAUAAGUGAUUAUGAAGAUUUACAGUUCAUCCUAGACUCUAAUAUUUGUACUCCAAGAGGUGAGCAAUUAGUUAAAAGAAUAUCAAUAGUUCCAGAAUCUGUCAAUCUCAAUAAGUCUGUACCAGGAAUAAUUGAGCAACCGAAAUUCAUGGAAAAUACUGUUGGAUUAGAAACAGUUUUCCAUGCUGCUCAUAUUACUCCAAAUAUGAAUGAACCAGACCCCAAUGUUCUCAAGUCAAUAAAAACAUUACAUCAUGAUGAACUAUUCAAAACUGCAGAUAUUGAUAAAGUAUUCAAUUUAUCUACAAAAUCAUUUGAACAUCUCCCAAAAAUAACAGAUAUUGCAGAAAUAAUGGAGAAUUUGAAGAAUGGCCAAAAAGGAAUACAAGAUGAGGUUGUAACAAGAAACUUUGUGAAUGAAGUACAUGGCUUAAGAGUUGAAACAAAGUCAGGAGAGAAAUUUGUCAUCGGUCAAAUGAUUGAUACUCCUUCUGGACAAACGUUUGUUCCAGGACGAACUGUAAAUACACCUAAUGGAGAUACUUUUGUUCCAGGAAUUAUUGUUCAAACCACUGACAAUCGUGUUUGUCUUUUGCCAGGACUACCAAUCAAAACAAGAAAUGAAAAGGGUGUUGAAGUAGAGAAUUUCGUUGCUGGUCAGAAUGUGAUGACAUGUAAGGGAGAGAAAUUUGUUCAAGGACAAAUACUCCUUACUAGUGAAGGUGGCAAAUUUGUUGCAGGACAGACUUUAAUUAUUGAUGGUGUAUCACGUUUUGUGCCUGGCCAGUGUUUGGUGAAAAAUGGAUUAGAAGACAGCCGAUUUGUUCCCGGACUAACAGAAACAACUCAUCAUGGAACUGAUUUUAUUCCAGGACAAAUCAUGGCCAUGUCCAAUGGUGAAUCAGAGUUUGUUCCUGGUCAAAGCAUUCAUAGUGACAAUGGCUGGGUAUUUGUACCAGGAAAAACUGUACUAACUGCUGAAGGUGUAUCAAGAUUUUUACCUGGAAGGGAAACAAAAACAGAAGACGGUACUAGUUUCCAACCAGGCCACUAUGUCAUGGCAGAUGAUGGAAGUGUUCAAUUUGUUCUUGGUUUGUCUGUGAUUAAGAGCUAUGGUGAUAUGCAGUUUGUGCCUACUGAUGCUCUAAACUCAUUGAAGAAAGAGACGAAAAGUAUAAUACCUGAAAAUAUUAAUUUGUGUCAUUGUCUGCCUGGAUCAAUCAGACAACCUUCAAUAACUGGGAACUUUGCUAGCCUUGAAACAGCAUUUGUACCUAAACCCAUCACCCCUCUCAUGAAUGAGCCUGACAAAAACAUUCCAAAUGCAAUCAGAAUGUUACACCAUGAGGAAUUGUUCAAAACAGCAGAUGUUGAUAAAGUAUUCAAUAGUUCCACAAAGUCUUUUGACCUAGUACCUACAUUUAGGGAAAUACCUGAAGUCAUAGCAAAUUUAAAAUGUGGUCAAAAAUCUGUUCAAGAGCAAGUAUUGACUAGAAACUUUGUGAAUGAGGUGCAUGGCUUGAGAAUUGAAACAAAAUCAGGCCAGAAGUUUGUAGUUGGAUUGACAGUUGACUUACCUGAUGGAACAGCAUUCAUCCCUGGUCAAACAAUGAAGACUCCAAAAGGAGAUACUUUUGUUCCUGGCUUAAUUGUUAAAACCCUGGAAAAUGAAGCUAGCUUUCUGCCUGGACUACCAAUAAAAGUGAAGAAUAGUAAUGGUGAUGAAGUUGAUUAUUUUGUAGUAGGCCAAUAUAUAACUACCAAUGACUCUGAGAAAUUCACCCAGGGUCAGACUCUGAACACAAAUGAAGGAGUCAAGUUUGUUGCUGGGCAAACAGUGAUUGUUGGCGAUGCACCUCACUUUGUUCCCGGGCAAAUCCUGCCUAAACUCAAAUUGGAAGAUAGUAGGUUCAUUCCAGGACUAACUGAAACAUCUCAACAAGGAGAAAAAUUCAUCCCUGGUCAAAUGCUCAAAGUGCUUAGUGGUGGAGUUGGGUUUGUCCCAGGUCAGAGUGUGAAUAGUGCAAGUGGCUGGGUAUUUGUUCCUGGCAAAACAGUUUUUACUGAGGAAGGAGGUUCAAAAUUCCUGCCUGGUCAGGAUAUGAAAACAAAAGGAGAAUUUUCACAACAAUCAGGCCAUUAUAUUGUAGGAGAUGAUGGUAGCACACAGUUUUUACCUGGUAUGCCUGAUAUAAGAAAUUAUGGAGAUAUGAAAUUUGUAUCUACUGUAACUAUGAACACUAUUGUAGAAGAGCAGUUUGUUGAAGGAAUAUCUGUUGUCUCUGAAAAAGUAAAUCUCAGCCAGUCUUUGCCUGGACUUGUUCAGCAACCCUUGUUCACUGAAAAAUUUGUUGGAUUUGAUCCAAUUCUUGCUGCUAAACCUAUAAGUCCCUUCUUGGCUGAACCAGAUAGUAGUGUUCUGAGUACAAUUAAAACACUCUCUCAUGAGGAACUAUUCAAAACAGCAGAAAUUGAAAAAGUAUUCAAUAGCACUACUGAAUCAUUUGGUCUUCUCCCAACAAUUAAAGAAAUCCCAGAAAUAAUAUCUCAAUUGAAAAAUGGUCAUAGGGCAGUUCAGGAGCAUGCUUUGACUAGAAAUUUCGUGAAUGAGGUGCAUGGUAUGAGGGUGGAAAUCGAUGGGGGAAAAAGGUUUGUUGUGGGACAAACUGUUGAGACUCAGUCUGGGCCAGUUUUUAUUCCAGGACAAACUGUCAAAUUACCCACUGGGGAUGCAUUUGUUCCUGGUAUUUCAGUUAAAACACCAAGUAAUGAAGUCAGCAUUCUACCUGGAUUACCAAUCAAAAUGAAAAAUGAAAGAAAUAAUGAAGUUGAAGUUUUUGUAGCUGGUCAGGUUGCAACAACUCGAGAUGGAGAGAAAUUUGUACAAGGUCAGACAAUUCAAACAACUGAAGGAUUGAAAUUUGUUCCUGGGCAAACUGUAAUCGUUGGUGAUAUUCCUCACUUUGUUGCUGGGCAAACCAUGCUAGGAGAAACUUUGGAAGAUAGCCGCUUUAUUCCUGGCCAAACUGAAACAACUCAGCAUGGAACUAAAUUUGUUCCAGGCCAGACAGUCAUUUCAUCAGGGGGAGAGGUUGAAUUCAUCCCUGGCCAAAGUGUGUGUGGAGCAAAUGGUUGGGUGUUUGUGCCAGGAAAAAGUGUCUGCACUAUUGGUGGAGGCACAAAGUUCCUACCAGGAAAAGAUAUAAAAACAGAAGAUGGUGUUACGUUUGUUUCAGGUCAAUAUCUCACUGGUGAGGAUGGUAAGGUUGAUUUCAUUCCAGGAACCUUUGUGAUGAAAGAUCAAGAGGAUAUAAAAUUCCUACCUGGUGCUAGCAUGAGCACACCAGAAGGUGAAAAGUUUGUUGAAGGACAAAUUGUCAAGAAUAAACAAGGAGAUUUCAAGUUUCUACCAGGAAAGUCAUCAUUAUCAGAAAGUGGCAAACUAGAAUUCACACCAGCACAUAAGAUUGAUGAAGUGAUUUUCCAUAAUAAAAUCUCUCUAGGUAUAUUCUCGAAUGAGUAUAGUAUCUAUGCAGAGAUGAAGACUAAUGGUUUAUAUGGACACAUGGUACAAACCGAGCAGGGAGUAGAAUUCUUCCCUGGCAAUGCAACAGGACUGCCAGCAGGAAAAGUUAUUCCUGGCAAAUUGAUCAGAGGUGAAAAGGAAGGAGUCACAUUUGUUCCAGGCAUUAUGCUGGAAGAAGACUUUAUUCCUGGUCAACUUGUUAUCACUGAUAAAGGUGAACAAUUCAUUCCUGGACAAGUUGUGGAGACUAUUAAUGGCCCCAAGUUUGUUCCAGGUCAAAUAAUCAAUUCUAGCUCAGGUCCCAAAUUUGUACCUGGACAAACAGUUGAAACAGCAGAUGGGCCAAAGUUUGUUCCAGGACAAAUUGUUGACACUAAAGCUGGGCCCACUUUCAUUCCUGGCCAGAUCAUCUUCACUGAGGAAGCUGGAUCUCGUUUUGUUCCAGGUCAAGUUGUAGACACAGUUGAAGGGCCUCAUUUUGUUCCUGGUAGAGUAAUUGAAACAGGCAAUCAUGUUAUAUUCAUUCCUGGUCAGGUUGUUGAAACUAGUGAAGGAUUGAGGUUUGUUGCCCCUGAUCUUGAAGAAGGAGAAGGAGAAGGAGAUUGUGAGUUUUCAGUACAAAGUUUCCAAGUUACACCUGAAGAACUCAAUUUGUUGAAACUUCAAACUGGAUCUAUUACACCUUUUUCAGGUGAAACUGCAAUUGAUUCAAAAAUGCUCAGACAACUGUCUCAAGCAGGAAUGGCGAUAGGAAGGCAGGUGCCAGCUGAGGUGCCUACAGUAGAUGUUAGAACAAUACCUGCAAUGAGUGCUGCAUGUGACCUGUCACAACGUUUAGGCCUUGAUGCUCUGUCCACAAUAAAACUCAGCCAGAUUCUGGCAACAAUUAUUCAAUUCAACUGUGAUCCCAAUAUUAUGAGAACACUAACUUGCACUGGAGAGCAGAUGGAGUUGUUAGAGAAAAUGGUUCAAGCAGUUGUGGAAUCUGAAUUUGAAACAGAAAUGUUUGAAACCUUAUCAUCUCUAUUAGAGAAAAAACUCAAAGAUGCUCCCAAUAAGAUUGAGGUACUUGAUAAAUUACAUGAGUUCAUAACAAUUUCUGAUGAAUUGCAAAAUUUGAGGAAGCCAAGUGUGCUCAAUAUAAUCAAAGAAAUUAGGAAACACCAUCCCAAAGCAACAGAAAAACUGAAUCAAAUACUAAGUAAUGGAGGAGAAAUGUUUAGCUUAGCCUUCAGGCAUAUCAGUGAAAAUAGACCAGAAUUAAUAGAAGCUGUGAUAAAAACUAUAUCGGAAUCAACAACCAGAGUAGAUACUGAAACUGAAGCAUGUGACACACUACAUUCAGCUAUAAUUAGUGUAGUUAAGGAGACAAGUGAAACAAGUGUGUUGAAUAUGAUCAAUGGCACUAAGGGAGCUGAUUUCAAGAAAAUGAUUCUACAGGCUGUUGGAUUCGCCAGAGCUCUGGGGCUUGACGAGGUGGCUGGCGAUUUACUCUAUGUACUAUCUGAUCCACAGAGCACAGAGGCAUUGUCAGCUGAUAAAAUGACAUGGGAUAUUUUAAGACGACUGACAGUUAUGAAACAAUUGGCUGAGAACAGGCCUACAUUUACAAAGGCUCUUCAUAAGCUGGAAAGUGAUCCAGAGUUGGCACGUACCGAUGCUCUGUUGAGGGAACUGGUUAGGGAAAGUGCUGCUCUGAUGGUGGUUCCAGAAGAAGCUCCUGCACUAGAGUCGUCAGCUGACAUUCCACUGGACAUCUUCCUGCAGGCGAAUGGCCUGGCCAUGGAAGACUAUCUGAUGCGCAGUCGUCAGAGAGGCAUCCUGCUCAUCAUAAAAGACGGCCUGCAAGCAGUUGUUCCACGAGAGGCGUCGCGCGCUGUCCUCACCGGCCAAGUGCCCUACAGUGUGCUUGACGAGAAGGGCAUCCAUCACUUUGAUCCGCUGCAUGUGUUCACCGCCCUCAGACUUCCCAAGCCAGUCAAGCACAUUUUCUCCAUGUACGCAUGCAAGAUUGACAAUGAUGAGAUGGAAAACGAAGCUGACGUAAAGGCAAUCAUCAAUGGCAUUCAAUCUAAUUCCAUUCCAGAAAAGUCACAAACCCAAAAGAAGGAAUAUGGUGGCGAAAUAAUCAGCUCCAAGGACAUAUUUGUGGCGAAACAUGACUUUGUGCCAGAUGAUCAGGAUGGCAUCGACCUGCGCAAAGGAGACAAAGUGCUCGUCUUGAAAACUGAACGAUCAGACUCCAAAAAGCCGAAACUGGAUCCAGACCUGGAUCUGGGACAAGAUGAAGUGGCACUACUGGACAACGCAGCCGCCAAACACAAAAUGUCGAUUCGACCUCGCCGAAAACACGCCGAUUCUCGCCAUAAACAAACAUUCGCCGACAUGAGGUGGUUAGUCCAAAUAGCAAAUGAUCCAAGUCGACAAGGCUGGGUCCCUGCUAAUUUGCUAACACUACAUGAAGAUCCUCCGGAAAAUCCUAAAGAAGCACGUUACAGACGAGAGGCUGUGAUUAGUGAACUUGUUGAAACAGAAGAAGAGUUUGGCAGAGAUAUUCAACAGGUUGUUGAUCAUUACUUAAAGCCAUUGGACAGCAAGAGUGUACCGACAAUAGUACGUGAAAACAAAGAGUUGAUAUUUGGAAAUCUAAAACAAAUUGCUGAACUUCACAACUCGGUUCUCAUUGAAGGCAUAAAAUAUUAUGCAAAUGAACCGAGAAUGCUUGGGAAAACAUUUAUAAGACUGGAGCGUGACUUUGAUAAGCAUGUUGCUUAUUGCAGAGAUGAGCCAACAGCUCAGGAAUUCUUACAAGAAAAUGAUGUUGUUAGAGAUUUCUUUGAGGAAGUCAGCCAGCGAUUGGGUGACGAUAAGAGUUUAUCCGAACAUCUCAAGCUACCCAUUCAACGAAUCAACGACUACCAGCUGCUGCUUAAGGAACUUGUGAAGUACUCGAGCAUCCUUGGCGAUGACACCACCGACUUGGGAAAGGCUCUCGAGUUGAUGCUAGCAGUUCCUCACAGAUCCAACGACAAUAAAUUCAUCAGUAAUAUCGAAGGAUAUCACGGCAAUAUCCACAAACUUGGACGACUACUGAAACACGACUGGUUUGCUGUAACUGAUCGAGACGGCAAAUCAAAGGAUCGAUAUUUAUUUCUAUUUAAAGCUCGAAUACUUAUUUGUAAAGUACGUAGGAUCGCCGAGGAGCGUUUUGUUUUUGUAUUGAAAGAUAUUAUUAGGUUACCUGAAGUAGAGGUCAAAGACCACGUAGACGAUUGUAAAGUAUUCGAACUACACCACAAGCAGCCAGGAUUUGGAGCGUACCCGUUGACUAUUGCAGCUCACAAAGACAAUAUCAAAAGUUCCUGGCUCACAGAAAUCAGAGAACACGCUUCUGAUGUUCUUGCUCUUGCGGAGCAUGCAGCUGACGACCUUCGCCUGGAAACACAGUCGACAGACCACAAGAACUUGGAGCCGUUGAAAGGCAUCGCCCUAGAGCCGGCCACGCCCGAUCAGGUGCUGCCACCUGUCGAGUUCAACACCACCAAGAAAACUGCCGCCGAAGAAAUUCAGAAGGCGAUUAAUGACCGACGAAACGUCAUAGAGGAGAACAACAAAGAAACAGAGCAAGCAGGAGUGGUCUGCGCGGGGAAACGCGGAAAGCAGGAAGAAGACGAGAGUGCCGGCGAGUUGCCGAGUGAAAAGAAAAUCAAAACUGAGAACCAAGACCAGGCCGACGAAAUGGAUCGGUUCUCUAGUUCGAGGAGAUCGAUGUCUUCGCGCCGUGUUGAAGAGUUCAGAUCAGUAUCAAGCACCAGCAGCCAGGAGAUCCACGUUGAAACGGCGUCAGCACGCCACCAGCUAACGUCAUCAACAUCGUCUUCACGCAGCAUGAAAAUUCUGGAGGAGAGCGCUUCGAUCAACGGGCAGACGGUGUCGCAGUUCCGGGAGGUGACGGGUGACGUGGAUGGCUUCUCGACGCGGCAGGAGAUCGCAGCCGGCAGUCGCGGAGGCGAGAGCUACACGGCCAUUGAGGAAGUGCGAUCUGGCACGCGCGGCUCCAAGGACUUGACGUCCAGUCGGUCGUCGGUCGACUACUCGUCAUCGGAUGUCGGCAGGGCAGCCGACUACAGACGCUCCUCCAGCACCAGCAGUGUCAAGCUGUUUGCCAAACCGAUCGGCGGCUCUAGUCCGGCUGUUGGUGGGAAGGCGGUUUUCGAGUGCGAAGUGGAGGAGAGCUGUCGUGUGACGUGGCUGAAGGACAACAAGCCACUGCCCGAGGGCCAAUCGCAUCGCUUCACGAUUGUGUCGUCCGAGAACAGCCACCGUCUUGAGAUCACCGACGUCAACGACACUGAUGCCGGCAUCUACACGGCCAGGGCCAAGAACAGCAAGGGACUCGUGUCCUCUUGCACGGCUCAGUUGGCCAUUGAUAAGAAAGUUGGUGAGGAAGCCAAGCAGGAUGGGAGCGAUGAGCAUGCGCCCUUCUUCAUUGUUCAUCUUAAGGAUACGCAGCUCCUGGAAAAUACCUACCUCAGGUUCAUGAUCAAAGUCAAGGGAAACCCGAAUCCUGAUGUCAAAUUAUGGCUGAAACCAAGGUACCUAGAAUACAUUAUUCUAGGUGUAUCAGAUGAGAAGAAGUUGUUUGUUGGUUUGGACGAUGAUGACAAACUAUUGGCGCCUGGUGAAACACCCCACUUCACCUGGCUAAGGGACGGCCAGCCGUUCGACCCUGAGGAACGCUUCAAAGUCCUUUUCAAAGAUGAGGAAGACUCCCUGGCAUUGGUGUUCCAACACGUCAAGCCUGAGGAUGCUGGACUCUACACUUGUGUGGCUUCCACCUCGACUGGUAAAAUAUCUUGCAGUGCUGAGCUGACAGUAAAAGGUGCCAUCAAUCAGCUGAUGAGAGAACCUCUGAAACCGAAAAUCAUAACGGAAAUCAAGACACAAGAAGCCAGUAUUGGAGGCUCGGCAAUGUUGGAGUUGAAAAUCGAAGGAUAUCCAAAGCCAGAAGUUAUAUGGACAAAGGGUGACGAAGAAAUCAAGGCUGACUCAAGGCAUAAAUUCCUGUACGAGGAUGAAGAGAGUAUGAGUCUGGUGAUCAAGAACGUGCAGCAGGAGGAUGAAGGAGACUAUCAAGUCAAGGCUGUCAAUGAUUUGGGAAUGGAUACUGAAGUCAUCCAUCUCACAAUCAAAGCUCCACCCAAGUUUAAGAAGAAGCUAACUGAUGCUGACAAAAUGGUGAAUGAACAAAUAAAACUGACGGUUCAAGUUGAAGGAAGUCCUAAGCCUUCUGUUCAAUGGUACAAAGAUGGAUUGUGCAUCAAAGCGUCGGACAGAGUGAAACUGUUUGAAGAGGCGUCAGCUGAGUACACUCUGCUGAUAGAGGAAGCCCGACUGGAGGACGCUGGCUCUUACAGUGUGGUAGCCACCAAUGAGGUCAACCAGUGCUCCGACUUCUGCAAGGUCGAGAUUCGCAGUCCUCCCAAAUUCAUCAAAGGAAUGGAAAAGAAUAUCGAGACCAAUGAGAAUGACACGGUCACCUACACUGUGAAAGUCGAGGGAGAUCCUCAGCCUUCAGUGAAAUGGUUGCACAACGGGUCGGCACUGAAAUCAGACGGCAAGCACAUAAAGAUAAGCGAGGACGGCCAGACGUACACACUGGUGGUGAGCGGAGUGGGUCGAACUGACUCGGGCACAUACACGUGCGAGGCCAGCAACAAGUAUGCGACGAUCAGCGACAGUGGAGUUCUCAAUGUGCGCUGUGCGCCCGUCUUCAGAACCAAAAUGACGGACCGCACUGCCAACGAGGGUGACACCAAUGUUGAGUUCACUGUCAAUGUGGACGCCUUCCCUCGGCCCAAUGUACAAUGGUUCCAUGAUGAAGUUGAGAUUACGGAAAAAGUGACCGAGUUCACACGUAUUGAAGAAGGUGAUAAUUACAAACUGAUAAUAAAGGAAGUUACCAAGGAGCUGUCGGGCAAAUACACAUGCAAAGUUGUGAAUGACCUCGGUGAAAACACCACUAGCUCCAAUCUUACAGUCAACUCUAAACCCAGGUUUAGAAAAGGAUUGAAGAACGUUCAGGUAGAUGAGGGAGAUAGUUUAACUCUCGAAGUAGAGAUUGAAGGAGUCCCUGAGCCAACUGUCAAAUGGUUCAAGAAUGGCGAAGAAGUGACGGGCGAUGCGCACAUCAAGAUCACCAGAGACUCGAAGCGCAUCGAGAACUACUCAAUGACAUUCACACUGGUGAAGCCGGAAGAUGGCGGCGAGUACGAGGUCAGGGCAAGCAAUGAGAUGGGAACCACCAUAUCUCAAAGCACUGUUACCGUUCACACAAAAACAAGUCAUGUGGAAGAAGAAGAAAAAGAAGAAGCGCCGAAAUGGACCAAAGAAGAGAAGAUGGAAGUAGAAGAGGAUGCAGUGGAAACGAAGAAACCGACGGAAGAAGACAUCGGAAAAGCGAAACAGGCUGAUAUUGAGGAAGGAUUGAAACCGUCUCAAAAGGUCCUGAUUGAAGAUACGGAAGACGAAGAGCGUGAUGUUUUCGUAACUGACACUGACAAGGUCAAACCGGCCGGCAGUUUCAGUUGUGUUGAGGUCAAAUUGGACGACAUGAAUGUCCAAGACAUGCCUGAGGGCAGCUCUGGUCUGGUGGAGGAGUAUUCCGACAAUGAAGACAGGAAAGAAAAGUUAUCUGUUAGUCGUGGUGUUUCAAUUGUGUCAGUAUCUGAGGAUGAAUCUAAGCAUACAUUGACUCCCGAUGAGCCAUCCACUCCUAAGAGCUCGUUCCUCUUUGAAUCUGAGAUGAAAGAAGGCGAUAACAGUGGGAAGAAAUCGAAAGUCAGUGAUGGAGCAGAUAAAGAUAAGCAGAGGAAAGCAUCUAUGGAAGAUUCUUCUCUUAUGAAACAAACUGCAGAGGUGAAUGGAGGUAAUGAUGGCUCAAAUAAAAAGCAAGUCAAAGUUGAUGAUGUUUCUGACAAAGAUAAGGCCAAAAAAGGUGUUCAAGUCACAUCAGGUGAUCAAAACGAAAUUGAUGGAAGCAACAAGGAGGGUAAAGCUGCUAUAAAUGGUGAUAUAAAACGUAAACCAUCUGUUAAAGGAAAGAAAGCUAUGCUGAUGGAUCAGGAAGAUUUAGAUAUUGAGGAUGAAAAGGUUAUAAGUGUUAUAGAUCACGAUGAUGGAGAUUUUGUUCAGAAACCGUUGAAGAGUGAAGUGAUAACCGAGUGUGAAAUUGAUGAUUCCGGGGCCAAGAAGUCGGUUACCAAUGACGUUAAUAAUGCAGGUAAUAUGAAGGACGCGACUCUUACGGAGUUGAAUAAGGAAAAUGUAGACAACAACUCCCAGAAAGGUCCGCAGAGUUUGGACAAUUCUAGGAAACUAUCACGUCAAGGAAUCAAAGAACAUGAGAUUGAUGAUGCUGCCAAGAAACAGCUUGUUGAUGAGCCUCCUGCCAAGAAGCGUGGAGUGGAGGUGGAUACUGGCAGUGUAGAUAGGAAUGGAGAACAGGAUUCAGCUCUAGAAGCUAGGAAAGUUUGGUGAGGUGAUUUGCCGAACCGAGGCAGGAAAAGUGUUGUUGAUGAAGUGGAUGAGGAUGGCUUGGAUCCACAGGUUGCUGAUCUCUUGAAAAGAGUCAAACAGCAACGAAGCGUUCUGGAAGAGAUUCUUGACAAAGAAGGAGACAAAUCAACUGAAGAUGGUCCUCAAAUUACUUGCCAUGUCAUGGAAAAUAAAGAAGUUUUUGAAUCUCUUCCAACUCACUUCGAAGUCAGUGUUACUGGACAUCCAAGGCCUGAUGUCAAAUGGUUCAAAGAUGAGAAACCGAUUGAGCCUUCUGAUCAUAUGGUAUUUGUCGAGGACGAGAAAUGUAGACUGGAAAUACAGAAUGUGAAGAUGAGCGAUGCUGGCACUUACAAGUGUGUUGCAUCCAAUAAACUCGGCGAAAAGUCACUCGAAGCUGUACUUUCUGUCAAACCUGAGAAUGCACUGCGUGGUCCGACAUGCACAACUCCAUUGAAGGACCUCAAGGUUCCUAAGGGUCAAUGUGCAGAGCUGACUGCUGUAUUCACUGCUGAUCCAGAACCGGAAAUUACAUGUUCUGCAAACAAGAAAAUGCCUAGAUUGAGUCUCUUAUGCAUGUUGUUUGCCAUAUUUUCAGAUGGUCCUCAAAUUACUUGCCAUGUCAUGGAAAAUAAAGAAGUUUUUGAAUCUCUUCCAACUCACUUCGAAGUCAGUGUUACUGGACAUCCAAGGCCUGAUGUCAAAUGGUUCAAAGAUGAGAAACCGAUUGAGCCUUCUGAUCAUAUGGUAUUUGUCGAGGACGAGAAAUGUAGACUGGAAAUACAGAAUGUGAAGAUGAGCGAUGCUGGCACUUACAAGUGUGUUGCAUCCAAUAAACUCGGCGAAAAGUCACUCGAAGCUGUACUUUCUGUCAAACCUGAGAAUGCACUGCGUGGUCCGACAUGCACAACUCCAUUGAAGGACCUCAAGGUUCCUAAGGGUCAAUGUGCAGAGCUGACUGCUGUAUUCACUGCUGAUCCAGAACCGGAAAUUACAUGGACUCAUGAUGGGCACGAGGUUGAUGCUACAUUCGUGAAGAGCAAGAGCAUCAAACAGGUGGAGAAUGGUUUGGUGGAGUGUGCCUUCACUCUCCAGAUCCCCGCCGGCCGGCACGAGGAUACAGGCAAAUACAAAAUUGAAGCCAAGAAUAAAUUUGGAUACGAUGAGUCCAGUGCACGACUUGACAUCAUUCUGAGACCAGAAAUCCUGACAUUCAAGGACGCUACUGUCUCGCCUCCCGAAGGCACUGAGAUGAUUGCUGUUAUUAUUGCUAAUCCAAAACCAGAAGUCUCAUGGAUCUUUGAAGGCAAGGCCAUAAAAGACGACAGCAGACAUACAAUCAUCUCCGAUCAUGAGAAAGAGCAAUACAAAAUGGAAUUGAAAUCUGCUUCAAAGUCAGAUCAAGGUGUUUAUAAGGUUGUUGCAAAGAAUUCUGAAGGCGAAACAUCUGCUGAAGCUAAACUCAAAAUACACACUGAGCCUCCUUCGUUUGUUAAGAAGAUUGCUGACCAAGAGAUCAAAGAAUAUGCCCAAGCCGAGUUCAAAGUUCGUGCCAAUGGAGUUCCAAAACCAGAGAUCACAUGGUACAAAAAUGGCAAGGAGUUGACGUCUGGAAGUGAUGGAUUGACGAUCGAAACCAUUCUGGAAGGUCAAGUUUCAAGCACUUUGACCAUUGAUCACUUCAAGUUGGACGAUGAGGGAUCCUAUACAGUGAAAGCAGUGAACAUGGAUGGUGAAGAUGAAUGCUCGGCUAAGUUGAGAAUGGCUCAGAUUGCUCCGUCGUUCGUGAAGGGACUUGAGAGAUCAGCCGAGGUGGGAGAAGGAGAGCCUCUUGAAUUGAAAGCGAAAGUGGACGGCAGUCCUCUACCUCAUGUCAAAUGGUUCAAGGAUGGAGAAGAGGUGAAGGAUGAUGGAAAUAGGAAGAUCAGCGUGAGCCCUGACGGCACAGUCAAGUUGACUAUUGACAGUAUGAAGCCGGCUGACAGUGGAGCCUACAAGCUGGAGAUCACCAAUCCAAAUGGCAAAGCUCAGUCCAUCUGCGCUGUCGUUGUAUCCAAUACACCAAAGAAACCAGCAUUCAUCAAAGAGUUGGCCGACACUGUAGCUGUGGAGGGACAGCCGCUUGUAUUGCAAGCUGUCAUGGAAGGAUUUCCCGAACCUAAAGUAAAAUGGCUGAAGGAUGGACAUCCGUUGAGAGCAUCUCCGAACUUGGAUUUCAUCAAGACUCCAUCUGGUCAGAUUGGUAUAGAAAUAGCUUCGGUGAAACCAGAAGACGUGGGCCAGUAUUCUGUUACAAUCUCAAACAAAUUGGGAGAAGAAACCUCAAAAGCCAAGGUUGGAGUUGCCGAGAAGGAGAAGAAACCUCAAUUUUUGUCUCAUUUGAUGCCAACCAAUGUUGUUGAAGGAUUCCCAGCAAAAUUAGAAAUCAAAAUCUCUGGACAUCCUAGACCUGAAUUGGCAUGGUUUUUGAAUGGCAAGCCAAUUGACAUCGAUGGCCAACACAUCAAGCUGAUAUCUGGGCCGGACGGCAGCGAAUGUCUGCUGAUUGACAGAGUGAGUCCCGCCGAUGCUGGCGAAUACAAAGUGGUCGCCAAGAAUGCUCAGGGCGAGACAUCGUCCAAGGCUCCUCUCUCUGUUUCCUCGAAAAUGAACGCAGACGAGCCGGAAGGGGCGCCCGGAUUUGUAAAAGAUCUGCGUGAUGCGAUUGCAGACGAGGGGGAGUCGCUCCACUUUUCGGCGCCUGUCUAUGGCAAUCCCAUUCCGGACGUAGAGUGGACAAAAGAUGGCGCUAUCAUUGAGCCCUCAGACAGAAUACUCAUCACUUUCGACGGAAAUAAGGUGGGUCUUGAGAUAAAUCCGAGCAAGUUGAGUGAUGCUGGCUCAUACAGGUGCACCCUCAGAAACCCCCUCGGUGAAGCUGACUCUUCUGCUAAGGCCGUGGUCAAGAAAAUAUACCAGCCACCACAAUUCAUUCAGAAGUUCACAGAUAUUCAACAGGUACCGUCUCUGGAUGCGAAAUUUGUGGCGCGUAUUUCCGGUGUGCCGAAGCCGGAAGCGACAUGGUUCAAAGACGGGGCUCCGCUCAGCAACGACAACAAAUUCAAGUUGAAGGUGGAUGACGAUACGUACUCUCUGUACGUGAGAGAUGUGGAGCCGGAUGAUGCGGGCAGAUACAAGUGUCUGGCGGCCAACAGGGAGGGCAAGGCCACCUGUGAGGCCGACCUCCACGUUGUCGAUAAGAUUGAGAAAGGUCCCCGUGCCGAACCGCCGUCGUUCUUGAAGAGAAUCGGCGACUGCGAGUACUACCACGGCAUGAAGGUGAAGUUCACGGCAUGCGUGACAGGCUUCCCCGACCCUGAAGUCGAGUGGUUCCGAGGCAACGAGAAGAUCUACGAGAGCGAGAGGAUCCGGAUGGAGAAAGAGGACACUGGACUGCUGCGACUGAUCAUCAUGAUCGUCGAUCCCAAGGUUGAUCUGGGCCGAUACCGGUGCCGCAUUUUCAACCAGCAUGGAGAGGACUCCUGCGAAGCCAACCUUGUCGAAGCCAGCUUGGACAUGAAGCCGCGCAAACCGCUGGGCGACCAGUACUCGGACUUUGACAAGUACAAGUCGUCGGGAGCACCGAUGCCUCUGUCGGACCGACCGAUCAUCAGUCGCAUGUCCGACCGCAAGCUCACUCUGUCCUGGAAGCCAUCCAUCCCGCACGGACCCCGCGAGCCCGUCACCUACAUCGUCGAGAUGUGCGAGCUGCCCGACGGAGAGUGGUUUGUCGCCAGGAGAGGUAUUCGAAGCUGUGUGUGUGAUAUAGCAAAUCUUGAACCUUUCCGAGACUACAAGUUUCGAAUUAGAGUUGAGAACAAAUAUGGAACCAGUGAUCCAUCUCCGUUUGCCAUUACACACAGAGAAAAAUUGGAGCUUGCCCUGCCGUCUUUCAAGCCCUACUUGCCACCUGGUGUUGACUUCCAUCCAGAUCAUUCACCAUACUUCCCCAAGGAUUAUGAUAUUGACAGACCACCUCACGACAAGUAUGCUCAGGCUCCAAGGUUCUUGAGACAAGAAGAUGACACCCAAUAUGGAGUGAAGAACCACAACUGCAAUCUGUUCUGGUUUGUCUACGGUUACCCAAAACCGAAAAUGGAAUACUAUUUCAACGAUGAACUGAUUGAAAUGGGAGGUCGCUAUGACUGCAGCUACACCCGCAAUGGACAAGCUACGCUAUUCAUCAACAAAAUGCUUGAGAGAGACGUGGGUAUGUACGAGGCAGUAGCCACAAACGAGCACGGUCAGGCUCGUCAGCGAGUGAGGCUGCAGAUCGCCGAGUACCCGCAAUUCAUCCAGCGACCUGAUGAAACAACAAUCCUCACUAGAAAGUCUGGCAAGCUGGUGGCUCGUGUGGUUGGUGUGCCCUAUCCAGAAAUCAAGUGGUUCAAGGACUGGCAGCCGCUAGCUACGUCCAGCAGAAUCAAGAUUGCGUUCAUCCCGCCAGAUACGUGCAUUCUGACGAUCAACGAUGCGAUGGUCCGAGACGAGGGUCUGUACAGCAUCAGCGCGCGCAACAUAGCCGGCGCCAUCUCGAGUUCGGUGACGGUGCACGUGGAGGAGAACGAGGCCGAAUACAACUACAUGAGCUACGGCAAGGGCCGCGACAUCAAGCCCAAGAACCGACAGCUGGGCGACAAGUAUGACCUUGGCGACGAGUUGGGUCGCGGCACGCAGGGCAUCACCUAUCAUGCCGUCGAAAGGGUUAAUGGUCGUAGCUACGCGGCUAAGGUUAUGCAUGGUAAGGGUCACCUGCGUCCGAUGAUGAUGAAUGAAAUCGAAAUCAUGAAUCAGCUCAACCACCGUAAACUGAUCAGACUGCACGAUGCAUACGAAACUCAGAAUACGCUCAGUCUUGUCAUGGAACUUGCUGGUGGUGGUGAACUUCUUGAUAAUCUGACAAAACAGACGUUUGUCACUGAGUCAGAAAUAGCUGGCUACAUUCGACAGAUUUUGUGGGGCUUGGAGCACAUGCAUGAUCAAAACAUCGCUCAUCUAGGACUUACUCUUGGUGACCUGCUCAUAUCACACGUCGGAGGCGAUGAUCUUAAGAUAUGCGAUUUCGGACUCAGCAGACGCAUUCCAUUUGGAAAAACCGCUCCUCUCGAAUAUGGAAUGCCAGAGUACGUGUCACCGGAGAUAGUGAGCGGACAGGGCGUGGGCACGGCGGCCGACAUGUGGUCGCUGGGUAUCAUCACUCACAUCCUGUUGACGGGCAUCUCGCCAUUCCGAGGCAGCAACGACCGCGAGACCCUCACCAACAUCCGGGAGAACAAGUGGUCGUUCCGCGAGGAAGUCUGGCAGAACCUGAGCCGCGAGGCGCGCGACUUUGUCCGACUGCUGCUGGUGUUCCAGCAGGAGGGACGCAUGGACGUGCACACUGCUCUCAGACACCCCUGGCUCAAUCGCGCCGACAAGAUGCCUCACGACGAGUUCAGAAUCACCACCGAUUCGCUGCGCAACUAUUACAACUCUUACAAGGAUUGGUACGCGAACGCAUCGUGUCGCACAUGGUUCCGACGUCAGCCGCUGGAGACUGCGUUUACGCACCCGUCACGCAUGGUCUACCCACCGGGUGCCAUCUUCACGCCCGGACCCACCCCGGAACGCACCAGCAAGGACAAGGAGCCCCGCACCAAGACCUGGGAGGAGCAAAUCUCCUCCCGCGAUCCGCUGUACUACGAACUUGGUCUCGUCAAGUCAGAAAGCCACUAUCAAAAUGGUCCCGACACAUACCUGCUUCAGCUUCGCGACGUGGACUUCCCAGUGCGUCUGCGUGAAUACAUGAAAGUGGCCGCCAACCGAACUCCCACCGGUCUCGGAUUCACCCGUGAAUCUUUGGAAAAGCAGCCGCAUCUUGACUGGAGGGCUCCUGUUAUAAGAGAAAGAAGAAGAUUCACUGAUGUUAUGGAUGAGGAAAUCGACGAUGAACGCAAAGCGAGAAUAAACAAGUACGGCAGCCCUGACAUGUACACUCUGCGCAGGCUGCGAAAUGAACUGGGAACUCGGCUCGACACGCAUCUCGAAGCUGAAGCCAUGAUCGAGUCCAGGAGAGAAGGCCAUGCUCCAUUCUUCAGAGAAAAGCCACAAAUCACUGCUAUUAGAGAAGAGCUACCAGCCGAGUUAUCAUGCUUUGCAGUUGGUGAUCCCAAACCUGCUGUACAAUGGUUCAAAUUGGUGGUUGCCACUGUGCCAGCUCCUCCCGAUUCUCCAGAGGUGAGUGAGGUUAGCGACACUGAGGUUCUGCUCCGCUGGAAGCUGCCCAGAGACAAUGGCAACUCUCCCAUUCUAUGCUACAAUCUCCAGUACAAGGAAGCAGAUUCAUUGGAAUGGACAGACGUGGCAAGCAACAUCGAUCACGAGUUUUGGGUGAUUAGGAAUUUGAAGCCAAGCACAUCUCAUCAGUUCCGCCUGUCAGCACGAAACAACAUUGGAUGGAGUGCUAAGGGCGUUCCCACCGAACCCUGCAAAACCAAAGAUGCUGGAGCGCCGAAAAUAUCAGUGACCAGCGCAAUGAAACACUAUCAGACAGCUUGUGAGAGUGGAAAGGAAAUCGACACUGAAGAACAGCGCAUCCACAAUUUGAGCUACGAAGUGGAGUCCUCACCAAUCGAAUGGAAUGAUGCCAAGCCCACCAAUAAAUAUAGCUUCAUUUCUGAAAUAGCCAGGGGACAAUUCUCUUUUGUGGUGAAAGGCUUCAAUAAGGAAACUGAGGAAGUUGUUGUAGGCAAAAUACUGGACUGCAGUCCCGAAAACAAAGAGAAAGUGAUGCAAGAGUUUGAAGCACUCCGUUCGUUGAGGCAUGAAAGGAUAGCUUGCCUAUUCGAAGCAUUCUUGCCAUCAGAUUCAACAGGAGCUGUCUUUAUUCAAGAAAAGCUUCAGGGCGCUGAUAUAUUGACCUAUCUGGCUAGUAAGCAUGAAUACACUGAACAAAUGGUAGCUACUGCUGUUUCUCAGAUUUUGGAUGCACUGCAGUACUUGCACUGGCGAGGCUUGUGCCACCUGGACGUGCAGCCGAGCAACAUAGUGAUGGCUUCCGUGCGCAGCAUUCAAGUCAAACUCGUCGACUUCGGCUCUGCGCAACAAGUCAGCAAGUUGGGAACUAUUGUACAGAAAACUGGAUCUCUUGAAUUCACUUCACCGGAAGUAUUAUGUGACGAGCCUGCGUUCCCCACAUCAGACAUCUGGUCUCUGGGAGUCAUCACUUACAUUCUGUUAUCUGGAAAUUCGCCAUUUGUGGGAGCCACCAACGAAGAGACAAAACAGAAUAUCAAUUUUGUAAGAUACAGAUUCGAACAUCUCUACAAGGAACUCACCCAAGAAGCUACAAGGUUUCUCAUGCUCAUCUUUAAACGAUCUCCGAGUAAACGACCGUCGGCUGAGGAAUGCUUUGAACAUCGUUGGUUAUUGCCAACAGAUUAUAUGAUAAAGCGAAGGGAGCGAGCUGUAUUCUUGGGCAUGAGAUUAAAGGAAAUCUGCGAGAAGUAUCAUUCACAGAAUGGAUUGAAACAUUGGGAUCCGACUUCAGUUCUAGGAAAAGGACCUAUAGCCAGAUCUAAUAGUAUUGAAGAAGAAUUGACAAUAUAAAUAUUACGGCAUUCCUAAUGAUUGUUACUGUUAAUGUUUUUUAUUAUUGUUUCAUCACAUCAUAUUCAAUGCUUCUGAAACUUCUGGCAGCUCUCAAUAAAUUGAGACUAGCCAAUUACUUUUUUCAAAUAAAUUAUCAUCAUAGAUAAUGAUUGAGGUUGACAAUUUUCAAGAUUCAUUCAUUGAAAAUACACGAAAUCCAACAGGAUAAUUCUUUAUUGAAAAACAGAAACACUUUUCUCCUCUUAAAUCUGUUAUAGUACCGUAGCUAUACAAUUAGAAAAAUACAUCAUGAAAGAUAAUUAUACAGAUUUUUCUGUUAAUUUACCAAUUUAAAGUCGAAUAUAAAUCAAAGUGUAUACUUGUAUACUUUUUCAAGAACUUAACCACGAAACAUAUUAAUUUGAAUAUUAUUCGUGCUCAUUAUUUAUCUCUCAACUGAUGUUGUUACCAAAAAGUUGUCUUUCAUCUUGAUUUAACGAAAUAAAAUGUUUUACAAAUAAAUCGACUUGAAUGUUG